AACUUUAAAACUGAAGAGUGAUAACCAUAAUACCAUAAGUCAGAUUCUGAUCCAAAGAGUCGUAUACUUUCAAUGAUAGCGCUCAUUAAGAGCAUGUUAGUAGUUACCAAGAUUUCUUUGUAUUUUUAAUAUCUCCUAAUUCCAACAUAACAAAUCAAUAUCAAUGUUAAGCCAACUCCAGCGAAUAUUUGAGGUAUUAAGUUUUGAUAUUAGUUAUAUUUUAUCACAAUCAGGAUUAGAUAAAUAGUGAUGGCUGCAUAUAAGUAUUCACGUCUAUGCUUGAACCCAAUCGAUGCUGAUUAACGGUACAUCUGCUCAAUCUCUUGAGACCCGUAUUGUAAGC